GCACACACCCACCAGGAGGGAGAGGAAGAGGAGGAACAAGCAAGAGACAGAGCCCAGAGCCGGGCCCAUUCCUGGGACCUCCGGGGCAGAGCCAGUUCUCAGCAGGACUCCCCGCCUGUGGCCCGGCUCCCCCCUCAGUGGCCGCCCCGUGUAAUUUGACACUUGGAUCUCCUGGACGACCAACAACAAAAAAGCUGAAGCCCAGAUAGCAGCUGGCUGUCAGCACCGGCAGAGCGGCUCGCUGGCUCGCAGGAGAAGAGGCAUCCAGGGAGCAGCCCUGGGUCACCCAAGAGGCGGUGACAAGCGAGGCGAGGUGGCGGGAGGCCGAGGACAGGCCCCCGGAGAAGAGGCCGGGGCUGCCUGGCUCCCCAGCACCUGCGGCGGCACCCGCAGCGCCAGCACCUGAUCCCAGCAGAGCCGCCAGGAACCCGGGAGCUGACCAGCAUGGGGGCCACCGACUUCGUGCAGGAGAUGCGCUGGGUGGGUGAGAGGCUGCUGCUCAAGCUACAGAGGCUGCCGCAGGCCGAGCCCGUGGAGAUAGUGGCCUUCUCGGUCAUCCUCCUCUUCACAGGCACCGUGCUGCUGCUGCUGCUGGUCGCCUGUAGCUGCUGCUGCACCCAGUGCUGCUGCCCCGAGCCCAGGGCCAGGAAGGCCCAGGUGCGGCCUGUGUCCCCCCCAUGAGGACGGAGGGCUGACCGAGAAGCUGGAGAGGAGACGGUGACGCCACACCCGGGCGUCGGCCUGGCCCCCCAGCCCUGACUCCUCAGGACCAAGUCCACUGUCACAGCUCUGGCCCCGCCCAGGAACCGGACACGGCACGUGGGGGCUUGUCCAGGAAACAAGGGCCGUUAUGGUCACAGGACCUCCACCUGCCGAGAGCGCGGUGCCAAGGAGGAGCCACCAUUUCGAGGACAGAGUAAACCGCCGGGGAUCUUGGCCUGCCCGCACUUUUUAACAAAACACGGAAGCAGAGUCCCCAAACCUCGACGGAGAACAGCCCGCACCCGGGGGAGCUGGCCUUGGGGUUCUGCUGACCACGCCAAAGAGGAGCCGCCCAGUCGCGGGGACUUAGGGCAAGAGCCCCUGGGCCCACGCUCCCCGCCGGAGCGGGCGCCUGUCAAUAUCCCGCCCAGUGUUUGCCUGUUUCUUUCCAGUAAAAGCUUUUUCGUUCUA